AUGGUGACCAGCUCCCCAGAAAUAGCAAGACAGACCAACCAAGCUACGGACCCAACAUUACUUUUUUCUAGAAGACUACAACAUCCUUUCUUCAUGUCCGACUCCGGCAUCACUGUCGAUAACAACGGCAGCAACAAGCGAAAGCGCGAGGAAGACAGCCUCGGUCCAGACCCCCAGCGUCUGGCGACCUCCCACAGCGGCAGCAAUGGAAACGUGCCUGGCCUGAAUGGCCCAAAUGAUGCCCACGCAUAUACUCACCCGAGCCUGGGUCACUACGAUGGGACCGACCUCAACAUCGACGAACAACUCCUCACUCAUGUGGCCCAGUCUAACGGCCUAACGGAUGAUAGCGCACUCACCGCAAAUGCAAAGGCUGCCCUGGCUGCAAACCCCCAGAAUAAAUUUUCUUCGCCGCCUGACGGUGGUUUUGAUGGUCAAAUUUCCCAUGGGCUCCCAUUUGGUGAUCAGCUUGGGCAGUCGGCUGGUCUUCCUGGGCAUACACAGGCACACACCUCGACUGCCGCUGCUGUCUAUGCCGCUCGUGAGGCUCAGAGCAUGAAUGCGAAGCCCACUGUCGGAUCUCCAGAGUGGCAUGCUCUACGCAAAAAUAAUCACAAAGAAGUUGAACGACGUCGGCGUGAGACUAUCAACGAAGGAAUCAACCAGAUCGCACAGUUAGUUCCCAACUGCGACAAAAACAAAGGAGCAAUCUUGCAGCGUGCGAUUGAGUACAUUGCUCAGCUGCAAGAAGACAAAAAGCAAAUGAACACGCGUUGGGAACACACAAACCUCACAACCCAACAAGCCCUUACCGAGAUCAACACACAGAAUUCCAAGUGGAAGGCUGAGGUAAAUCGGCGCGGCGAUAUUGCACUCAAGUGGAUUCAACGUGCUCGCGACGCAGGUCUCGAAUUUGAUGAUUACGAUGAUGAAAAAGACCUGGGCCAGUUAGACACUGACCAUACCCAGACUGCAUAA